AUGAGAGUGGUACCUUGGCAGUCGGAACAGGAAGUGCAAGAGCUGAAGCGGUGGUUUUAUCCUGCAAAGUUCGGCGAUGGCGAUGAUAAGCGUUCACGGGCGAUGCAAAGGGUCAAGGCUUACUGGACUCGCGGAUCGUACGUGCCGCAUGUGAUAGACUCAACAUCGCAACUGGUCGGUUGCCAGGUGUUUGAUCGGGAAGGGGCACCCGAGGAAAUAGUGAAGCUGAGCUACAGUAUGGCGCUGAUCAGGUAUGUGAACGGAAUGCUGGACCCGACCCAGCAGUCGCAGUUUGCGAUCCCCCUGCACACGCUGGCGGAGCUGCUGGGCCUGCCGAGCUGGUUCGUGGAGCUGCGGCAUGCAGGGACGCACGAGCGUGAGCUGCCGAGCGUGGAGAUGCUGCGGUUGGCGUGCGCGCGGGCGCUCGAGUGGCUCUGGGAGAACUACUGGGACAGCGACGAGAGAAACGAGGAGAGCGAGGAGGAGGACGGCGAGGGCGAGGAGGAGUGCAAGUGCGGGAACCACGCGGUGCACAUGCAGCAGCUGCAGCAGCAGCUGGAGAGCUACGCGCAGUUCAAGGACGGCUUCAAGGAGUACCGGUACAUGUGGGAGGAGGGCGCCGCGGUGGCGACUUCUGCGUUCGGGGACGAGACCGACAGCGGGAAGGAGUUCGUGCGCAAGUGGCUGGCGGACUACCGGGAUGUGUGGCGGUCGCUGCGCGGGUGCCCAGGCGCGUUCGUGGAGGCACUCCUGACACACUACGACAGCACGCUGCUGGAGCUGAGUCUGACGAGGCUAGAGUGGUUGGACCUGGAAGUGUGCCGCUGGCUGCUGCAGUCGUACCGCUCCUGCCUCGAGCCGUACGAAGAAGCGCCGCUACUGCGUCGGCGCACCAAGAAUUCCAAGCAUCUGCUCAGGUUCACCAAGCGCGUGCUCGCGUGGAUCAACCUGAAACGGGCAAUGCACUACUGGGACCGGUGGCAUCCCAUCUUCCUGGUGGAGCAGAGCUUCCUGACCAGGUUCAUGAUCGAGACGCUACAACCAAGGAUCACGGAGGCCCUGAAUGAUAAAAAGUUUCGCAAAAAGCUCUACACUAGCGACAUCAACUCGCAGCUCGACGAGGUCCUUGACGCCCUCUCCAAGAAGGGCAUCUCCGCAGCCGAGCUAAGUGUCUUUGACGCAGAUGAGCACAGCCCCGCGUCCGAGGACGCUGCGCACGAGCCCCUCUCCCCGAAGCAUCCAGCUGACGAGGUGAGCGGCCUGCUGCAAGAUCUCGAGUCGGUCAAGUUGCGCCUCAAAAGGCAAAAGACGUCCGCUCCCAGGGGUUGGACGCCGUACCCGGCCUGGCAGCCCAAACCGUUCGGGUGUUUAUAG